AACUGGUAAAGGUAAUUGUUUGUAAACAAAUAAAUAAUUCAAUAAAUCUAAAUCCUACUUUAACCCACCUCUUUUGGAGUGUGAAACCCCAAUAUUAGGGUUAUACGCAUCCAAGACCUAUCGGUGCUUUCGUGAGGCUUUAAGCCAACCAUGUCUUACAGAAGUCUUGACAAAGAUCAGCGUUAUCAACUUAUAGAAUUGGUUAAAGCGAGGCCAGUUCUUUAUGAUAAAAGUCAUAUCUUAUAUAGAAGUGUAAAGGAGAAGGAAUACAGAUGGAGGGAAAUUGCAAAGAUAUCUAAUGCAUCUGUACUCGCUUGCAAAAAAGCAUGGAAAACACUCCGAGACCAAUACCAGAGAUAUGUAAAAAUGCCAAAGAGCAAACAGAAAAAAUAUAAAUACAUUAAGGAGUUGUCAUUUCUUGGCGAUUUUAAAAGAACACAGGGAAAAGAUUACUCUGAUUUCUCCGACACAGAUUACAGCGAUGACUUUGAUUUGCUAACGACUACAUCAAGAACUGAACGAAAUUUUACCAAUUCGAAAAGUGAUGCUGAACUUGAAGAUCAUACAAUGUCUCAAUUUACAGACAACGAAGAAGAAUUGACUGAUGUUAAAGAUGAUCGGAAAUCUUUGGGUAACAUUGCAGCCCAGGUUUUAAGCACAUUCAAUAAUAUGGUUAACCAAAGAUUUGAACUCCAUGAAGAUGAAAAUGAUAUGUUUUUAAGAAUGCUGGCAAAGAAAAUGAAAUGUUUACCCGAUAUAGUUAAAAAUCGCCUACAAGAGGGUUUUUUGGAGCAAGUUAAUUUCGAAACAUUGCAACGUGAGCAAAAGCUAUGAUGAAUCUAAAAAGAUUGUACUACAUGGUAGAAAAUUGUAAUACAUUAUUUAUCUGGUUGGAAUCUAAAGUCAACAAUUCCAACCAGUGGAUUAAAGUCCUUUAUAAAACUGUCAAAUAAACCAAAUCUACAUUAAGUUUUGUCAAGGCGUAGGCGUAAAGAUAAAGCAACGCCCCGUUGUGAUUUCAGAGAAACAACAUAUUACAUUACAUUUUUGGACAAUUUCUACAACAAUAACAUUUUUCGACAACAACAAAAUGUAGAAAAGAUGAAAAACAAUUGUAUAAUGAAAUCGGGUGUGUUCUGUUUCACCUCACUUUCACUUUUCGAAAACUUUCCGCUGCCAAAAUUACCGGGGAAAAACAAUUUUUCGAAUUCCCGUUCGAAAAAUGAAAACAUGAUUUUUCUUGCAAAGCCAUGUGAUUUGCAGACUGUAAUGUAAACAAAUAUUGCUUUUAACCGCAGCUGUAGACGUUUUUUCAAAAAAAUAAAUAAAUAAAUACCAACAGUUUAAAUACCACCCUUAAAACUAAACAAAAAUCAACAUCCAAAUGGUGAAGAAAUUUGUGCUGUUUUGUUAAAAUUGAUUUAAUUUGACAUAAAGGUGAUGUUAUUGUAAUAAUAUAGUUGAAUAAUAAUAAACAUACCAACAUUUGGUAAUUAAGUGUGUA